CAUUACUUAUAUAGCUGGAUUUUAAUUAAUUUCGUACUCUUAUAUAAUCCACUUUAAUUUCCUUUCAAUUCAUUUGAGCACCAUCGUAUAUUCUAUACACAAACUCAUGAAAGAGGCAAAGAGCACAGAAAUAUCACAAAAACAAUCAAAAUUAUAUACUUGCAUAUUAAAUAAAAAGUUUUGGGUACUAGAGCUGGUGUUUAGACAUGAGAUUCGAUGGCUUAUCAUAGGAUUAGCGCUUGCAAUUUUUAUAUUAGUGGCAGUACUAUGUUGAAUUGUUGUGCAUUUCAAACCUUAAUCAAAAUUCACAAAUUCACAUAUUUCAAGUUGGUUCAGAUUUCAAAAUCAUGAUUGAAGUAUAUUCAGUGACGUAAUACGCGAGUACUAAAAUGAUUCUCAAGUUGUUGUCUAGCAAGAGUGCCAACAAGAGGGGACAUUUAAAAACUUAUUCCCAUAGUGUGUGUCCAAAUUAAGAGAUCAGCAUCUGAUCUCAACCUCUCCAUUUUAAAGAAGCUCAUAAUAUGGUAUUAGAGUUUUUGAUUGAGAGAGUAUUUGUACGUAUGUAGUCUGAUGAGCAUGAACAAAAAAAUUUGUGACAUUAAUUUUGCCUGAAAGAGUAUGUAAGAUAACAUGAUAAAAUUCUAUAUUAGCCUAUUAAGUUUUUCUCCAAUAAAUCGAGUUAUUCAAAUCAAUUGAUCGUUGUUUGUAUACUAAGUGAUGAAUAAUCCAAUUAAGAUAUUUAUCAUUUAAGUACCUGGAUAAACAUUUUCUGCUAAAGAUGGCUCUAAACUCGAAAGCAGGUAUAAUGGAAGAAAGAAUUUUUUUUAAUGAUGGUGAUAUUAUCACUGAAACUGUGACUAAAAUCCAAAAAAAAAAAAUGGACGAAAUGUAUCAAUUUGUUCAAACUUCAAUGAUGACUGUGCAGAGAAUAGAAAAUCCGCUGAGUGAUUUGUAAAUGACAGCAAGUCACAAACUUUAGUGACGACUUAACGACCCAAUAAAUUAGCUUAGUUCUCUUCGUUCUCCACCUCCUCAGUCCCAGAGAAAGAGAGAGAGAGAGAGAGGAAUGGCGAUGGAAAAUGCAGCAGAUUGUCAAAUCACGAGCAGAGAGCCACUUUUAGCCACCAAGAGUAGCAGCAGCAGCAACAGAAACGGUGGCUUCAGGGCCCUGCCUUUCAUCAUAGUGACUGAUGCAUUGGAGAAGGUGGUGAGCUAUGGUCUUCCGGUGAACAUGAUCUUGUACUUGACUGCAGAGUAUGGGAUGAAGAACAGUGAUGGUGCCCACUUGAUCAUUAUCUGGGUUGCUGCCACCAAUUUCACGCCCGUCGUUGCAGCAUUUCUGGCCGAUUCCUAUGUCGGCCGCUACUGGACGAUUGCUUUUGGGUCGCUCGCCCACACUCUGGGUACCUUUCUGCUAUGGCUGACAGCAACUUUCCCAGAAGCCAGGCCUCAACCUUGUGCUGACACCACCUGCAAACAGGCCACACUGCCACAACUAUCCCUCUUAUAUUCCUCCUUGGCCCUCAUCUCCAUCGGUUCUGGAAGCAUGAGAUCAUCCAGCUUGGCCUUCUGUGCUGAUCAAAUCAUCCCCAAGAACAAAGAUGGCACCACAAAUGACGAUUCAGGAACCUUGUUAGAGACUCUAGUCAGCUGGUACUUCAUCUCCACAACAAUUGCAAUACUAGUAGCUGUAACAUUCAUUGUCUACAUCCAAGAAGCUGCCGGCUGGAGUGUUGGUUUUGCAAUUCCAUUGAUUCUCAUCGUGUCUUCGGGCCUUAUCUUCGUAUCGGGUUCAUCGUUGUAUGUCGAGCAGAAGACCAAACCGAGCUUGCUUGCUGAACUUGCUCAAGUAAUUGUUGCAGCUGCUGGUUCCAGAAAAAGAGGGAUCAAGUUGCCUUCUGAAGCUUAUACUUACCAUUCCAAUUCCAAUUCUGCUGCAAUUCCCCUGCAGCCAAGUGACAAAUUAAUGUUCUUGAACAAAGCCUGCAUCAUUGACACCCCUGAAGAAGAGCUGAACCCAGAUGGAACCGCUGCAAAUCCAUGGACCCUCUGCACAGUGGAGCAAGUGGAGGAUCUGAAAUCCCUAAUCAGGGUAAUUCCCAUAUGGUUUGCAGGAAUUGUAAUGGCGCUACCAAUGACCCAACUCCCAUUCCACUUGCUCCAACUCAACACCAUGGAUCGACACAUCAUCAAUCCAACAGGAUUCCAAAUCCCAGCCGGCUCCUUCUGCCUAUCCGUCAUGCUGACACAACUGAUAUGGGUUCCUCUCUACAACAAAAUCAUCACCCCCAUAGCUUCCAAACUCAGAGGCAAGCCCAGCAAUCUCUCCAUGAAGCAGAGGAUAGGUCUGGGAAUCCUGCUUUCCUCUGCCUCCAUGGCAGCACUAUCCAUCAUGGAGAUGAUCCGCCGCGAAAGGGCUGUCGAAGAGGGGCUCUCCGACGAUCCAACAGGCGUCGUCGACAUGUCCGCGAUGUGGUUCGUGGUGUACUACAUUCCAUUUGGGAUUGCAGAGGCGUUCAACUACGUUGCACAGAGUGAGUUCUACUACAGCGAGCUGCCUGAGAGCAUGGCUAGCAUAUCAACAACGUUGUACUUGAUGGGUUUGUCGAUGGCGAGCGUGGUGGCCGGUUUUGUGCUGAGCGGUGUGGAGACUCUGACGAGAGGAGGGAGUGGGGAAGAGAGCUGGAUAGGUGGGAAUAUCAACAAAGGGCAUUACGAUUACUACUACUGGCUUGUUGCUGGUUUGAUUCUUCUUGAUUUUGUGUAUUAUCUUGGUUGUGCUAAGGCUUAUGGGCCUUGUAGAGCUGAGCUUGGUGGCGAGGGUUUGGAUGCAGGGGAACAACACAUUGUUCACAAAGGAAAUUAGUGUUGCAGAAAAUUGUACAAGUCCGCCACCAUGUCGACUAUGUAGAGUUGCAGACAAAUUAAUAGUUCAUUUUGAGGUUAUCACGAAUCAAAUAUAAGAUGUCUUGGGCUCAAGAUAGGUGCAUAACUAGGGGUGGGAUUCGGUCGGUAAACAAUUUACCGUUUACCGAAUUUACCGGUUUCGGUAUACCGAAGUUGGCCAAACUGGUUACCGAUUACCGAUACCGGUUUGUAACCGGUUUACCGAUUACCAAAUUACCGGUAAACGGUUACAAAUCGGUAUUACCGAAAUACCGUGAGAAGCGAUUUCGGGCUGUUUUUCGGUCGGUUUACCGAAUAUUUACCGAACCGAAUUUCUGGAAGUGGGGUAAUGUUGUAAUAUUUUGAUUUUUUUUGAGUUUUUUCAUCAUUUUUGUAAUUAAUAAUUUAUUAUUAACUCUUAUUUACAAUAUUUUUUAGGCCAUACUUACAUUCAUGUAUGUAAUAUUUUAUAUUUGUGAAUAAUGAUGUAUAUGUUAUAUGUUAAUGUCUUAACUGAUCCGGUAUCGGUAUUACCGAAUUACCGUCGGUAAAUACCGACCCUGUGUUCGGUAAAUUGGAUCGUCGCCACGCGCAACCGAAUACCGAUACCGACGGUAACCGGUUUACCGUUUACCGACGGUUACCGGGUUACCGUUUGUCAGCUCUAUUCAGCAUAACCAUGGGUUAUGCACCCAUCAAUAACUAAAUCUGGACCCUUCAUUUAGAAAAUCCAGAUCUAAGGAUGGAGAAUUAAAGAUCAUUUUUAUUUUCUCUAGCUUUCUUAAUUGGCUCGUUUCUUUUUCGUUUUAACUCGGAUUUUAAUUUUUUUUUGCACAGGUGGAACGAGUUCAUCGUGCUCUACAAAAUGAGAUUAAUUUUCAAUAUUUUUUUAGAACAAAAAAUUAUGGCUCCUCGGUACCAACUGCAUACCAUAUGGUAUUUUCUUCAUUUUUAAUUCGUUUUUGAAAACGUUUGCACAGAAGGGACGAGUUCAUCAUGAUCUAUUGGAUCUACAAAUUUAUGGGUGAACAAAUUACAAGACCAAAAAAUACCACACAAUACCAUACAAUACCACCCUGGUACGGGGUGGUAUUGUAUGGUAUAUUCUUCGUUUUUAAUUCGUUUUUGAAAACGUUUGCACAGAAGGGACGAGUUCAUCAUGAUCUAUUGGAUCUACAAAUUUAUGGGUGAACAAAUUACAGGACCAAAAAAUACCAUACAAUACCACCCUGGUACGGGGUGGUAUCUUGUGGUAUACAAUGUUAAAAGUCGUAAAUGACAAUUAAUAUAUUUCUACUAUCAUGUAUUCAACCAUCCUACAGUCUUGGUUUGUUCAUACCACCAUGGUACUUUUUUCAAACCAUAUGUAUGCUUUUAUUUCAAUACCAGUCAAUACCAUAUGGUAUAGACUGGUAAAAAAUGACUCAAUUUUUUUUGUUCGAAAAAUAUAUUAAAGUGGAUAUCAUUUUGAAGAGCACAAUUAAUCUGAUCUAACUGUGCAAAAAAAAUUAAAUUUCGACUUAAAAUGAGCGAGAAAUCGUCCGUCAAAGAUUAAAGAGGGGAAAAUUAAAGUCUUUCCAGGAGAGAGAGGAUGCUGAUGUCAUGCUGAUGUGGACGGGUUACUCAUGGUUACUCACCACAAGGUUACUCACCGGAUCUGCUCCCGAUGUCUUGAUUAACAAAAUUUGACAUCCAACCUAUUCAAUACGACCAAAGCAGGUUUAACUCGUUGUUUAUAACUUAAACAUAGAAAUCAUUUGCUCGACGAUUUUUUUCUCUUACUAAAGUUUGUCGUUGUGUCGACUACGUAGAGUUGUUGAUGACAAGCUCUUUACUUUUGGGUCAAAAUUCAAACUAUUAAUUUUUAAAAUAUCACGUACUCGCUCAAACGUGAAACGAUAGCGAGCGGACUUAUGCUAGUAUAUUAUCAAUGAAACUAUGUGACCGAA